GCGAGGGGGUGUGGCCGGCACUGCUGCGCCGAGGCCCCGCCUCCCCCCGCCCCGCCCGCUGGUCCCCUUAGCUGAGGGACGCGAGCAGCAAGGAGAGGGGGAAUCGGAGAGGCGGCAGUGCCGGAGAGCUGCUCUCGGGACGGGCCGACGCGGGGAGCGAGGACAUCGCUCCUCACUGCUCUUCUUUGCGCUGCCUAGUCGUCCCUUCUCGCAAUGUCCCAGAGCAGGCAUCGCGCCGAGGCCCCGCCGCUGGAGCGCGAGGACAGCGGAACCUUCAGUUUGGGGAAGAUGAUAACAGCUAAACCAGGGAAAACACCGAUUCAGGUAUUACACGAAUACGGCAUGAAGACCAAGAAUAUCCCGGUUUAUGAAUGUGAAAGAUCCGAUGUGCAAAUACACGUGCCCACUUUCACCUUCAGAGUAACCGUCGGUGACAUAACUUGCACAGGUGAAGGUACAAGUAAGAAGCUGGCGAAACAUAGAGCUGCAGAGGCUGCCAUAAACAUUUUGAAAGCCAAUGCAAGUAUUUGCUUUGCAGCUCCUGACCCCUUAAUGCCUGACCCAUCCAAGCAACCAAAGAACCAACUUAACCCUAUUGGUUCAUUACAGGAAUUGGCUAUUCAUCAUGGCUGGAGACUUCCUGAAUAUACCCUUUCCCAGGAGGGAGGACCUGCUCAUAAGAGAGAAUAUACCACAAUUUGCAGACUAGAGUCAUUUAUGGAAACUGGAAAAGGGGCAUCAAAAAAACAAGCCAAGAGAAAUGCUGCUGAGAAAUUUCUUGCCAAAUUUAGUAAUAUUUCUCCAGAGAACCACAUUUCUCUAACAAAUGUAGUAGGACAUUCUUUAGGAUGCACAUGGCAUUCCUUGAGGAAUUCUCCUGGAGAAAAGAUCAACUUACUGAAAAGAAGCCUUCUUAGUAUUCCAAAUACAGACUACAUCCAGCUGCUUAGUGAAAUUGCCAAAGAACAAGGUUUUAACAUAACAUAUUUGGAUAUAGAAGAACUGAGUGCUAACGGACAGUAUCAGUGUCUCGCCGAACUGUCAACCAGUCCCAUCACAGUCUGUCAUGGCUUGGGUAUCUCCUGUGGCAAUGCACAAAGUGAUGCAGCUCACAAUGCUUUGCAGUAUUUAAAGAUAAUAGCAGAAAGAAAGUAAACUUGGGGCAACUUAGAAAAUCCUUCAGUAGCACAUAAAAUGUUCCCUCGCACCCCUUUCCAAGUAAAGCAUUUACUGUAAUGUUUGAGUUUGUGUGUUGUUGUCAAAUCUCUUCAGAUUCCAUCAACACACCAGAUUCAGUUAUCUCCUGGUAGUUGUUAUUAAGCUCUUUUUAUUGGCUUCAACUUUGUAUUGGUAUAUUGUAUUUAUAAACUUUGUACCACAAGGCAGUGUGGCACCCAUUUUACAGGACCAGGCACGGAAGAGAAAGAAACUGCAUGUUUGAUGAUGAUGAAGAAAUAGCUACUGCUAGCAACAGUCUUCUGGUGCUUAAACUCUUUUUGUGCAAAGCUUUGUAAAGGGAAUUCAAAGGAAUCCCUUUAGAAUUAGAGUGUUGAAGCUUUUAUUGAAUGUCAUUGUGAAAUUUCAGGGAACAUGAUUGGUUUGAUGUGUAUUUGAAACCAUGUAAUAAAGAGCUGUUGUUAUAAUGGGGUUCUGCUCAUUUUAUUAAAGAGCUAGUAACUUGAUUGGUCCUAUUCUCAGACAUUAUUAUUUGUAACAUUUUAAUGUGGGUGGUCUGCUAUGUACAUAACUCUAGUUUACUUCCAAAUGUCAAAAGUAAAAGAACCUUUGGCCAAAGCAAAAUUUACAAACA